GCGCUCUGCAAACUUCACCGGCAGCGCAUUUUCCUUCCUUCAUUCGACUUUCUGUAUUAGUUAACCACGCGAUUGUUUAACAGGCAAAAACAACAACAACAACAACAACAAAAACUGGCAGUUCUCAGAGGGAUAUGCACUGGGUUAACACAGUCCAUGUAACGCACGGCAUCGCUGGAAACUGAGGAACGCUGCACAGGCUGUAAUCUACAAAAACUCUGAAGAAAAGAAGCAAGAGGAUGGCAUUGAUGCUGUAAAUGGCCUCCGUCAGAAUAAAAACACUGGCACUUUGAGAUCUGGUGCUGCUGCGUCUUACUGUCCUUUUCUUCAGUUCUAUAGUCAUCAAGAGCAGCACAAAUUAAGAACUACAGGCAGGACUGUGACCUUGUCUUGCCCAGGGAUAUGUCACUGGGGAAAUCCCCUGGGUUGGGGGUGCGCCCCGUACCCCGACCCCUCCAGCUGUCCCACCUCAGCCUGCUGUAUGUAUGUGUGUCUCUCUUUGCCCAGGCUCCCCAGGGCUUGCCUGUGGUAGGGUAUAGCACUGACUCCAAGAGGGAGAUCACAGUGGAAGGAGAUUUGAUGAUUGGUGGUCUGUUCCCUGUGCACCAGAAGGGUGAGGGGGCAGAGGACUGUGGGAAGAUCAAUGCUCAGAGAGGGAUCCAGAGACUGGAGGCCAUGCUGCUGGCCCUUGAUGAAAUAAACAAGGAUGAGCGCAUCCUACCUGGGAUCAAGCUGGGAGCUCAUAUACUGGACACCUGCUCCAAGGACACCUAUGCUCUAGAGCAGUCUCUGGAGUUUGUCAGGGCCUCUCUCACCAAAGUGGAUGACAGUGAGUACACAUGCCCUGAUGGUUCCUAUGCCAUCCAUGAUGAUGUCCCUCUUGCCAUCUCUGGGGUGAUAGGAGGCUCCUACAGCGAUGUCUCCAUACAGGUGGCCAAUCUGCUUCGUCUCUUCCAAAUCCCUCAGAUCAGCUAUGCCUCCACCAGCGCCAAACUCAGUGAUAAGACCCGUUAUGACUACUUUGCCCGCACCGUGCCCCCUGACUUCUACCAGGCCAAAGCCAUGGCUGAAAUCUUACGUUACUUCAACUGGACCUACGUAUCAACAGUAGCAUCAGAGGGUGACUAUGGCGAGACUGGCAUUGAUGUGUUCCAGCAGGAGGCCCGUGCCCGCCAGAUCUGCAUUGCCACCUCAGCAAAGGUGAGCCGUUCCAUGAGCCGCUGGAGUUAUGAGAACGUGAUCCGCUCCCUGCAGCAGAAGUCCAACGCCAAGGUGGUCAUCCUGUUCACGCGCAGUGAGGAUGCCCGAGAGCUGCUGGUGGCAGCCAACCGCAUGAACGUCACCUUCAUCUGGGUCGCCAGUGAUGGCUGGGGAGCACAGGAAAGUGUGGUGAGGGGCAGUGAGGCUGUGGCAGAUGGGGCAUUCACAAUUGAACUGGCCUCCUACCAAAUCCCCCAGUUUAAUGAGUAUUUCACUGCCCUGCACCCGUACAACAACACAAGGAACCCGUGGUUCAGGGAGUUUUGGGAGAACCAGUUCCAGUGCAGCCUGCAUGAUCUGGGCUGUGGCAAGCACUCUCUGCGGGAGGCCCCAUUUGAGCCAGAAUCCAAGAUCAUGUUUGUGGUGAAUGCUGUCUAUGCAAUGGCUACUGCCUUACAUAAUAUGAGGCAGGCCCUGUGUCCCAACUCCACCAAGGUCUGUGACGCUCUUAAACCAGGCAACGGCAGAAAGUUUUACAGGGACUACAUUCUCAAAGUCAAGUCUGAUGCACCAUUUCGCCCUGCAGACACAGAGAACAUGGUACGCUUUGAUGCCUUUGGAGACAGCCUUGGUCGCUAUAACAUUUUCCACUACCACAAAGAAGGUGGACGCUACGUCUACCGCAAUGUGGGUUACUGGGCCCAGGGCCUGACCCUCAACACCAAUCUCAUCCCCUGGGCUGGCCAGGUUGCACCCACCUCCCAGUGUAGCGACCCCUGCAGGAAGAAUGAGGUGAAGAGCAUGCAGCCUGGAGAUGUGUGUUGCUGGAUCUGUAUCCCCUGUCAGCCCUACCAGUACCUGCAGGACGAGUUCACCUGUGCUGACUGCAGCUUUGGCCAGUGGCCUCUAGCCAAUCUGACAGGCUGCUAUGACCUGCCUGAAGAGUAUAUCCGAUGGGAGGAUGCCUGGGCCAUUGGCCCCAUUACUAUUUCCUGUCUAGGCAUGAUGUGUACACUAUUCAUAAUCGGCCUCUUCCUCAAACAUAACAAUACCCCUGUAGUGAAGGCCAGUGGACGUGAGCUCUCCUACAUCCUCCUGCUGGGCGUCCUAAUGUGUUACAGCAUGACCUUCAUCUACAUCGCCAAGCCGUCCACAGCAGUGUGUACACUACGCCGACUAGGCUUAGGCACUUCCUUUGCUGUGUGCUACUCAGCCCUACUGACGAAGACCAACCGUAUUGCUCGGAUCUUCAGCGGGGUGAAGGAUGGAGCCCAGCGGCCUCGAUUUAUUAGCCCAGCCUCCCAAGUUGCUAUUUGUGGUGCUCUGAUCUCCUGCCAGCUGGUAGUCGUGGUGGUCUGGCUGCUGGUGGAAACCCCAGGGAUCAGAAAGGAAGUGAGCCCAGAGAGGAGAGACGUGGUCACCCUCAAGUGCAACAGCAAGGACUCCAGCAUGCUCAUGUCUCUCACCUACAACUGCAUCCUCAUUAUCCUCUGCACCGUUUACGCCUUCAAGACCCGCAAGUGCCCUGAGAACUUCAAUGAGGCAAAGUUCAUAGGGUUCACCAUGUACACCACCUGCAUCAUCUGGCUGGCUUUCCAGCCCAUUUUCUAUGUUACUGCAAGCGACUACAGGGUUCAGACCACCACCAUGUGUAUCUCUGUGAGUCUGAGUGGCUCUGUGGUGCUGGGCUGCCUCUUCGCCCCCAAAGUCCACAUCAUCCUGUUCCAGCCCCAGAAGAAUGUCUGCACUCUCAGGGUGGCCACCACCCGCUUCAGUGUCACCACCGGCCCUGGCUCCAGUUUCUCCCAAGCGUCAGCCUCCAAUGUUGUUCCAACAGUGUGUAACGGACGAGAGGUGGUGGACUCCACAACUUCCUCCUUGUGAAGACUGUGCUGAAGACCGAGUUCCUCUGCCAAGCAUUGUAAACAGAGUUAUAUAAUCACUAGUCCUGAAUCAGGUGUUUCAGAUAUUAAAGAGGUCACAAAGAUGAUCGUCCUGAUUUUGUUGUUCUCAAAGUGCUGUGAGUACAAUGUCCCAAUUCUUUUUUUUUCUUCUUCUUUGACUAGUAGCGAUUUUAAAUGACAUGACAAUAAAACUGCGUAUUGCCCUUCUUUUUAUUAAGGAUUCUACUUGCAACAUGGAGUAAAUUAUAGUAAAUCUGUUAAAUGUAAUAUAUACAAGAUGUUUUUAAUGUAGAUUUUGGUG